AUGGAAUACAAAGAUCUUACUGCAGCCAUAACAAAACAUGGAGUUGACUUUCACAAGAAAAUUGACCAAGCUGUUGAGAAACUUCAUUCUAAGGUUGAAGAGUCGAAAACGAAUCAGUUACGAAUUCUACAUGCACAUCUUGAUGAUAUUAAGAAGAAAAGCUCUAAAAUAAAAGGUGAACUUAAUUCAAUCAAUUUUGUUCUAGACUCACAGGACUUCUUAAAAUUAUCAAGUUUUACAUUUACUAUAGAAACAUUUAGAAAACUUCCACAAAAAAUUAUGCCUUUCUGUGCUACAUUCACUCCAAGGCAAAUCCAAGGGGAGGAACUUUGUACACUUUUCGGACUUAUAUCAUCAGGAAAAUUAACUUCAGAAGAGCAUGGUUACAGUUUCAGGGAUUCGUCAGAAGCGGAAUGCAUUUCUCCAGUCAAACAGCUGCUUGAUAAACCAAAGAUCCUUACCACCUUAGAAACAAAGUUUGAAAAAUUCUUGAACAAUGUUGCCUGUGUGAGUGAAGAUGAAAUUUGGACAAGUGGGAAUGUGUGCACCAUGAAACGAUUCAACAUCAUUCAGAGCUCAUUACUGGAGGAAGUCUAUUUAGAGGAUAGCUGUAUUCCCGGAGACAUAGCAGUAACGAAACAUGAUUAUCUUGUUUACACUGACCCCAAAGAAAGAACUGUGAACAUUGUGAAAAAUGAAGAGAAAAUUCUUAUCGAACUAGAAAAUUGGAAACCAUGCAGUAUCUGCAGCACUUCGUCUGGUGACCUCCUGCUUACCAUGGAUAAUGAAUAUAGUCAAUCGAAGGUUGUGCGUUACUCUGGCUUCAUGGUAACCCAAUCUAUUCAGUUUGAUGAUAAAGGCCGUCAUCUCUAUUCUUCUGGUGAUAUGAAAUACGUCAGUGAGAACAAGAACCUUGAUAUUUGUGUAGCUGACAGUCGAGCUAAAGCUGUUGUGGUAGUCAAUAAAGUCGGGAAACUGAGGUUCAGGUAUACUGGGCACCACUCAUUCACUCCAUUGGGAAUCUCGACGGACAGCCAGAGUCAAAUUCUUACGGCUGAUUUAAACAAUCACUGUGUUCACAUCAUAAAUCAGGAUGGACAGUUCCUCCGUUACAUAAUGUGUGGACUGAGUUAUCCCUGGGGACUGUGUACAGACAAAAAUGACAAUUUGUUUGUUGCUCAAUGGAGAAACAGACAAGUUAAGAAAAUUAAAUAUCUGCAGUGA